CUUCAUUAUAAAUUGAAGUUCAUCAGCCUUUUAAGUUCAUCUCUUUGUAUAAUCUUGUGGGAACCCUGUUUGUUUCAGCAUGGUGUCUGUGCAGCCUUCUCUGCUUUUUCUUCCUUCCACCAAUGAAUCCAACGUACUGAAGCCCAUUUAUAUACGCGAUGAGGACGAGCGCCCAAAGAUUUCACACGAUCACUUCAGUAACGAUAUUCCCAUCAUUUCACUGGAAGGAGUUGAAAACAUUAAUGGCAGAGCUGCAGUCACAGAGCAGAUCAAGAAGGCCUUUGAAGAAUGGGGGGUUUUUCAGGUUGUAAAUCAUGGAGUGCCCAAAGAGCUUCUGGAUUGUAUGCAGCAACUGUCCAGGGACUUUUUUGGGCUUAAGCCUGAGGAAAAGAUGAAGUUUGAUAUGAGAGGUGGGAAAAAGGGAGGAUUUAUUGUGAGUAGUCAUUUGCAAGGUGAGAGUGUGAUGGAUUGGAGAGAGCUCAUUACUUUCUUUUCCUAUCCUGUGAGGGCCCGAGAUUAUGAGUUGUGGCCUCAGAAUCCUGCUGGUUGGAGGGAAGUUGUGCAGAAAUAUAGUGAAGAAAUGAUGAAUCUGGCAUGCAAGAUUCUGGAGAUCGUGUCAGAGUCUUUGGGAUUGGAAGCAGAUGCUGUAAAGAAGAAUUGCUUGGAGAUGGACCAGAAGAUUGUCAUAAACUUCUACCCAAAAUGCCCACAACCAGACAUGACUUUGGGUGUGAAGAGGCACACUGAUCCAGGCACCAUAACUCUUCUUCUUCAGGAUCAGGUUGGAGGUUUGCAGGUCACCAAGGAUGGCCAUAAUUGGAUAACUGUGGAGCCUGUGGAGGGGGCUAUUGUUGUGAACCUGGGUGAUCAUAUGCAUUAUCUCAGCAAUGGCAAGUACAAGAAUGCAGAUCACCAGGCUGUAGUUAAUGCCAGUUGCAGCCGCCUGUCAAUUGCCACAUUUCAGAAUCCUGCUCAGGAAGCCAUUGUUUAUCCUCUAGAUGGGGUGAUCAAUUUUGAUCAAGGGGAAAGGUGUUUAAUGGAAGAACCCAUCACCUUUGCUCAGAUGUACCGUGGGAAGAUGAACAGAGAUCUUGAAUUGGCUCGUCAGAAGAAGAAUAAAAAGUAAUCUUUAGAAAGUAUGUAAAUUUGUUGAAGAGCAUAUAAAGUUGUCACUAACAUAAGGGUCUUUGUUACUAGUGGGGUCUUCAUGUUUAUAGAUUGUGACUACUCCUAAGGUCAUAUUACUGUCCAAAUAAAUUCAUGGGAAUUGGCUAUGCCGGUAUCAAAAUGGGUAUUAACAAGUAUGCCUAUUUUUAAUUCUAUUAUUAAAUGUAAAUAAUGGUCUUAGACGGCUCAUUGUCAUAGGGAGGUUCAUUAAAUAUUUGGAGAUGGUAUUUUCAAAUUA